GUUCAGAGUCCGCCCUGGUCCGCCCGUUUUGCUCUUUCAUCAUCUUUCGUCAGAAUGUGCACGUGGGGAAUAGAGCAGUAGAGAAGAGUGUAGAAAAGCGUGUCGUGUGCUACCUUCUCGUACCGGUGUAUAGUGUUGUAAAACGUGUUUGCAUAUAAUAAACUGUCGUGACGUAUCAAUAGAAACUUAAAAUUUAAGAUGUCGUGGCUUUUUGGAUACCGCGGAUCACAAACGCCUCAAGAUUUCUCGCAAUUGGUACAGCCACCGGCAUCCGGAGACGGUGCCGGUGGAGGCGGUGAUCAGCCACCCAAGAAUACGAUGACGAAGACUCAAAUGGAAGCGUAUAGAUUCGAUUCGAGAGCAUUGGAAAGAGCCGCGGCGGCUGCCAAAGAGCUCGAACGAUCCGCACAUGCGAAGGAAGCUUUGAAACUUGCUGAGAUGCAAGAACUUACCAGACAGACUGAAAUGCAAAUGAAGUUAAAGGAGUAUGAAGCUGGUAUUGAGCAAAUGAAGGGCGAACAAAAGAGGAUUGAGGGAGAAGAGAGGCGGAAGACAUUACAGGAGGAAUCUAAGCAGCAUCAAAUGAAGGCUCAGUAUCAGGACCAAUUAGCCAGGAAAAGAUACGAUGAUCAAUUAGCUCAGCAACAGAGAAUGAAUGAUGAGAAUUUGAGAAGACAAGAAGAGUCCGUAGCUAAGCAAGAAGCUAUGAGGAAAGCCACAAUAGAGCAUGAAAUGGAAUUGAGGAAUAAAAAUGAAUUGAAAAGAGUGGAAGCUGAAAUAAAAGCCAAGGCUAAAGCAGAUAGAGAAAACCAAGAUGUGGAUCUAAAGAAAAUUCAAUUAAUAGCUUCAGAAAAUAGAAAAACUCGUCUUGAAUCUCUUACGACUGUUGGAUCUAUUCUGGGAACUGGUGCCACUUCUCUGCUUCAAGACUGGGAUAAAAUUCUUGCACUCGCGGGUGGGUUAAGUCUUGUACUAUUCGGAGGCUACGCUGCAAAGAACUCGACUGGUGUAGCUGCACGAUAUAUCGAGGCUCAUCUAGGGAAACCGUCCUUAGUACGAGAAACUUCACGAUUUUCUGUACUGGAUACCGUGAAGCAUCCGAUCAAGGCUAUAAAAAAGCUUAAAGACAAAAAUACAGACGCCUUAUCUGGUGUAGUUCUCGCGCCGAAACUUGAGGAGCGAUUGCGUGACAUCGCAAUAAUAACUAAAAACACAAAACAGAACCGAGGAAUGUACCGAAAUCUUUUGUUAUACGGUCCACCAGGAACAGGGAAAACAAUGUUUGCAAAGAAGUUGGCUCAACAUUCCGGAAUGGAUUACGCCAUCUUGACAGGUGGUGACAUAGCACCCUUAGGUCAGGAUGGUGUCACGGCCAUUCACAAAGUUUUCGACUGGGCAUCUACAUCAAGGAAAGGCCUCUUGCUAUUCAUUGAUGAAGCUGACGCCUUCCUCAGGAAAAGAUUGGGUGAACAGAUUUCACAGGAUCUCAGAUCAGCAUUGAACGCCUUUUUAUACAGAACUGGCGAACAAAGUGACAAGUUCAUGCUGGUUCUUGCUUCCAACACAGCUAAACAAUUCGAUUAUGCAGUUGACGAUCGUCUCGACGUCAUGGUACGUUUCUCUCUACCUGGAAAAGAAGAACGCGAGCGCUUAGUUCGGUUGUACUUUGACAAAUUCGUCCUUCAACCAGCUACCGAGGGUAAGAGAAGGUUAAAGGUCGCUCAAUUCGACUACAGUGCUCUCUGCAGCAAGGUGGCAGAGAUGACUGAAGGAAUGUCUGGUCGUCAGUUAGCCAAAUUAGGAGUUUCGUGGCAGGCAGCUGCCUAUGCCUCCGUGGAUGGUAUCCUUACAGAGGAAAUGGCCAUCGAGGAGUGUAAUAAAGCUGUUCGAGAACACAGAGAGAGGGUCCAGUGGCAGAGUAAAGAAGAGAAGGAGGAAGUUUCAUCUACAUAUGAAAAUGAAAAUGCAGAUUCAAAUUCCCAAACGAAGUCAAACUUACAGGCAAUAGAGGCAGCACCUGCGAAUUAGUUAACAGUAGCCUGAUAAUCAGGCUAAGUGUUAUUGUGUAAUUAAUAGAGGCCAUACGAGAGAAUGUUAUCACGUACUGGACUGAUCUUGGAAUAUUGAGUGAAAAUGUGCGGCUGGUAGCAAAAUGCUAGGGGGUAGAUCGUGCUAAUGAACUUACCAAACCUAUAUGCAAGUCUCGCACUCUUGCAUCAUGAGUGUCAUGUGUAAACAAAAUACAUAUGUAAAUACCGCGAAAGCUUGGCAAUAUAUGUAUAUUGACAAAAACUGUUACAAUCACUGCGAUAACAAUUGGUUCCAUUAUUGUAAGUUACUACGUACAAUGCACAGGCUUGAAAAUUACAUUUUCAUGCGUAUGAGUACAACUAAUAAAUAUCAAAUUGUUCCAAUUUAA